CGAGCCGGGCAGCGGGGAGAACCGGGGGACCCUUGCGCGCCCGGCAGAAGGAGGAGCAGGGGGAGAAACAGGAGGAGGGAGAAAGGGUUGAAGGACGUGGUCACCUGCCCAGAUAGGAGCCACUCCGCCCUGCCGCGUCUUAGGCCAGGGCCUGGGCCUCCCCUAGGUGACAGACCGUGGCCGCCAGUAAAGGUUGGAUCGCGGCUUCACUCCAGGGGCUGCUGCUGAGCGCGUACCCGCCUGGCCCCAGCGUGCGGCACCGGACCCCGGCGAGCACGCGCGCGCGCCCCCGGGGCGCAGGGAGCGAGGCCGGCUGCGGGGCCGAGCCGGGAGCCCCGCCUCUCGGCUGCUCACUUCGUCUGGCGGAUCGGCGAACCCCGGGACUGCCACUGUGCGCGCCCCCGAAGCGAUGCAGAGCACCCGAGCCUCUGAAGUGCGGUGCUUUCCCACAUACCUCCUGGAGUUCUGAAGGGGUGCAGACAUGGCAGGCAAUGCGGCAGACAGCGCCAACCACCUGCCCUACUUUUUUGGUAACAUCACCAGGGAAGAGGCUGAAGACUACCUGGUCCAGGGAGGCAUGGCGGAUGGGCUCUACCUGCUGCGCCAGAGUCGCAACUAUCUGGGUGGCUUCGCGUUGUCCGUGGCACACAACAGGAAAGCGCACCACUACACCAUCGAGAGGGAACUUAACGGCACCUAUGCCAUCUCCGGUGGCAGGACCCAUGCCAGCCCGGCAGACCUCUGCCACUACCACUCCCAGGAGCCUGACGGCCUCAUCUGCCUCCUCAAGAAGCCCUUCAACCGGCCCCCGGGGGUACAACCCAAGACCGGACCCUUUGAGGAUCUGAAGGAGAACCUCAUCAGGGAAUACGUGAAACAGACCUGGAACCUUCAGGGCCAAGCUCUGGAACAAGCCAUCAUCAGUCAGAAGCCCCAACUGGAGAAGCUGAUCGCCACCACUGCCCACGAGAAGAUGCCCUGGUUCCACGGCAACAUCUCCAGAGAUGAAUCGGAGCAGACAGUCCUCAUAGGAUCAAAGACCAAUGGGAAAUUCCUGAUCAGGGCCCGAGAUAACAACGGCUCCUAUGCUCUGUGCCUGCUGCACGAAGGGAAGGUUUUGCACUACCGCAUUGACAGGGACAAGACGGGGAAGCUUUCCAUCCCUGAGGGGAAGAAGUUCGACACCCUCUGGCAGCUAGUGGAACAUUACUCUUACAAGCCAGAUGGGCUGUUAAGAGUCCUCACCGUACCAUGCCAAAAGAUAGGCGCACAGAUGGGUCACCCACAAAGUUCAAAUGCCCACUCUGUGACUUGGUCACCGGGUGGAAUAAUCUCAAGAAUCAAAUCCUACUCCUUCCCAAAGCCUGGCCACAAAAAGCCUGCCCCGCCCCAAGGGAGUCGUCCAGAGAGUACUGUGUCCUUCAACCCCUAUGAGCCAACAGGAGGGCCCUGGGCCCCAGACAGAGGCCUUCAGAGAGAAGCCCUGCCAAUGGACACAGAGGUGUAUGAAAGCCCUUACGCUGACCCUGAAGAGAUCCGGCCCAAAGAGGUCUACCUAGACAGAAGCCUGCUGACCCUGGAGGACAAUGAACUGGGCUCUGGUAACUUCGGGACCGUGAAAAAGGGAUACUACCAAAUGAAGAAAGUUGUGAAGACAGUGGCUGUGAAAAUCCUGAAGAAUGAGGCCAACAACCCCGCACUGAAGGAUGAGCUGUUGGCCGAGGCGAACGUCAUGCAGCAGCUGGACAACCCCUACAUUGUGCGCAUGAUUGGAAUCUGCGAAGCGGAGUCCUGGAUGCUGGUGAUGGAGAUGGCAGAGCUGGGGCCCCUCAACAAGUACCUGCAGCAGAACAGGCACAUAAAGGAUAAGAACAUCAUCGAGUUGGUUCACCAGGUUUCCAUGGGAAUGAAGUAUUUGGAAGAAUGCAAUUUCGUGCACAGAGAUCUGGCUGCGAGGAACGUGCUUCUGGUCACCCAGCAUUACGCCAAGAUCAGCGAUUUUGGUCUCUCCAAAGCCCUUAGUGCUGACGAAAACUACUACAAGGCCCAGACCCAUGGGAAGUGGCCCGUGAAGUGGUACGCCCCCGAGUGCAUCAACUACUACAAGUUCUCCAGCAAGAGUGACGUCUGGAGCUUCGGGGUCCUGAUGUGGGAAGCGUUCUCCUACGGGCAGAAGCCUUACAGAGGGAUGAAAGGAAGUGAAGUGACCACCAUGCUGGAGAAAGGGGAGCGUAUGGGGUGCCCUCCAGGAUGCCCCAGAGAGAUGUAUGACCUCAUGAACCUUUGCUGGACAUAUGAGGUAGAGAACAGGCCGGGAUUCUCAGCUGUGGAACUGCGGCUUCGCAAUUACUACUACGACGUGGUUAACUAACAGCUUGGGUGCCUGUCAUUGGCCACCUUGGACCCUGGAGCGAUUACAGAAACUUCAUUCAGAUGAACUGGUUUCCAGAGUUUCCUCUCCUUCUGCCCUGGGUGAGAGCUGAGCCAAGCUAGGACUCACCUUCACCGCCGAUCUGAUCCCAAAAGACAGGGCAGCAGCAAGACCCAUGUGUUCAUCAUUCUGGUUUUUGCUUCCAUCCGUGUGGUUUUCAUUAUGGCUCACAUUCGGGAACAGUUUCCAAAUCCUCGUCACAUCGUUCUGUUCCUCUGGGUCCGGGAUUGCAAUGUUCCCCUGCGAUCAGGAAAGUGCCGUGAUACUUAAGCAAAGGAAAUAAAGAGAAAACUCAGCGGCACAGCUGGCAAGCCCCAAGGCGGUUAAGGACAGUCACAAGCCUGGACACUGGUUCUGCUCUUGCACCGGAGACAGAAAAACCACAUGGAUGAGGCACUCUGACUUAGCUGACACGGCCCUGGCGUCUGCCUUCCCGCAGAAUGACUUCAAGUCUGUCCUGGUGUGCUUGCAGGAGGAGGUGUGAAUAACGUUCCACACACACGGAGGCUGCCGGGGAAGGUGGGCCCCCUCGACCCUCUACAAAUGAGCAGAGUGUGUCGGGGUCAGAACCCCUCCCUUCUGCGGAGGGAGCGCAGCCAGGAUCCCUUCUGAGUCCGUGAUGCCACGCAUGUCUGCUGGGUACUUUUCUCAUUGCCUCCACAAAAGACCCCACAAGCAAUUUAGGGAGGAAGGGUCAGUUUGGGCUCACAGUUGGGAUAGGCCAUCAUGGUUGAAAAGACUUUACAACAGGAAGGAGAGACUUGGCGGCCUGAGCAGGAAGCUGGAAGGUCACGUGACACCACACGCAGGAAGCAAAGCGUGAACAGAAAGUGGGGUCAGGCUAUACGGCCUCAAAGCCGCCACCACCCCAGUGAUCCACUCCCUUUAGCAAGGCCCUACCUCCCAAAGGUUCUCUAGCUUCCUAGACAGUGAGUGCCACCAGCCAGGGACCAAGUGUUCAAGCGUGUGAGCCUUGAGCGGUGGGGUACUUCACAUUCAAGCCACGGCAGGAUCCGCCCGUUUCUGUUGCUGUAGCUGAACACCUAGAAGGGCCAUGUACAAAGAAACCAAUCUGUUACGUGUGCGCGCCCCCUCUGCUGUAGAGCUUGGAACUUCCACCAAGCAAGUGCAGCGCGAGGCAGGGGCCUUCCUACAGCGUUAAACAGAGCAGGUGAGCCGUCUCAGGCCUGUCCUCCUCUUAUGAAGGCCCUGACCCCAUCUCAGGGCCCCCCUCAAGACCCCACCUCAUCCUCCAAAGGCCCCAUCUCCAAACACCAUGCCAGUAAAUCUGGGUACUGAAUCUCCAAUACAUGGACCCUGAAGGGGCACAUUCAGACCAGAGCAGAGGGCAACACAGUGACCAGGACCAUCUCAAGAUGAGUUUCUGAAUGGAAUUCUUAAUUCACAAUAAAACCAGAGAUUUGAUCUUCACCACGAGAAAGCCUUGCUAAGUGCAAUUCUGAGCUGAGGUCAUGUGACCUGAGUACCGCUCUAUCCUCCUAGCCUUGGCUUAUGUGUGGCCUCCCAUUUGAUCAUACACAAAGUGUCACCCAUUCAUAGCCCUUUUGCUGAGGACCUUAAGAAUUACAAAGGCUGCAUAGCCCUCAUUCUGUGUCUGGGAAUAAAUACAAACCUCGUCUUCACCUCUGAGACGCUGUGACACAUACAGGCAGGGAUGGUGUGGGAAGCCCCGUGGGUGGUGGGUGAAGAAUGGAGAAAGGGUGUGAUCAGUGCCUUUCAGACUGUGGACGCAAUGACCUCUCUUAGUCAGGGGCCCUUUAAAGAAGAGUUAAGAAGUACUUAGAAGCCAUCAAUGUGUUUGGAAUCAUGCUGACAGAUCAGUCGUCUCAUUAAAGAGGGGACCCCUGUUGCACUCACUGAGCAGACCCACAGAACACAGAAUUACUGAUGAAGACCCAUGGGUCAGGCACUUGCAGGUUUAGAGUCAGGAAAGGAAGGGACCGAUGUAUUGGUUAUGGAGACAGGACUAUCUGGACCACAUCUGAGCAAGGACUCUGCUCCCGCCUUCCCCUGUCCCCAGGGUGGGGUUAUAGAUAAGAAAGGUCACCUCGCAGGUUGGAGAGCACAGGGGACAACCCUGUGGAAGCCUCUGUCUUCUUUUUGGCCUCUCUAGCAGCGUUUCUCCUUUCCAGGGGUUUGAGGCUGACCAUUGUCUAGAUAAUGGCUGAGCAGGAUGGAGGCAGGGCCUCUGCCUUCCUCUAGAAGGUUCUGUGUACAGACUUCGCACUGGGGCCAGGUUCAUCCCUCUCAUCUGGUGAAGAUCGUGUCUUGCUGACAAGAUUAACUCUCUCCCCUGGGGCCACAGAGAAGGACAGACCGGGAGAAGAUCCUCCCCGGAUGAUUUCCACUACAGAUGCUCAAAAUUUGCAAGGUCAGGAACCAGUCUUGGCUGGGUCCCGUUUCAUGAGCUGCCUCUGAAGACCAGAGCCCCUUCUACCUGGCAGCUGGGCUCACUGUGUACCUUUUCCCUGUGACCCUGUGUCAGCAGAGUGCAAAGCUGCCUCACCACACCCCCAAAUACAAAUACCUCACGCAGAACUGAAUGUCUCUCCAGUAAACACCCAAGCCAACCGAUCAUUAAAAUGGUCUGUGCGUGCACUGGGACACGUCCCCCUGCGCCCAGCCCUGCUUCGUGUGCCAGACGGUGACUCCACAGGGAUGCCAGCCCUUGCGAUUGCAGCUCUCCCUGCAGAGCGAAGCCCUGGUUGCCAGUGCCAGCAAGCACUCCCACCAGUAGCGGUGCAGAGCGUUUAUUUCAGAAAUUGUUCUUAAUAAAGAUCUCCUGUUA